UCUACGCUAUGGGGUCUUGGAAGCAUGUGUUGCUUUGGGGUGGAGUGUUGCUGCGGGGUGGUGGCCGGGCCUCUGCUGUUUUUGAGAGGAGUCGAAUGAUGGUCUGUCGGCGCCAGUUAUCUGGCCCUGAGAGUGAGACUCUAAAGCGAAGAACACAAAUCAUGUCCCGAGGACUUCCAAAGCAGAAACCCAUAGAAGGUGUUAAGCAAAUUAUUGUUGUGGCUUCUGGAAAGGGUGGAGUUGGAAAGUCUACUACCGCAGUAAACCUUGCACUUGCGCUUGCAGCUAAUCAUUCGUCAAAGGCGAUUGGCUUGUUAGAUGUGGAUGUGUAUGGGCCAUCAGUACCAAAGAUGAUGAAUUUGAAAGGGAGUCCAGAAUUAUCACAAAGAAACCUAAUGAGGCCUCUUUUAAAUUAUGGUAUUGCUUGUAUGUCUAUGGGCUUCUUGGUUGAAGAGAGUACACCAGUUGUCUGGAGAGGCCUUAUGGUAAUGUCAGCUGUUGAGAAAUUGCUGAGGCAGGUUGACUGGGGGCAAUUGGACUAUUUAGUUAUUGACAUGCCACCAGGAACUGGAGAUGUGCAGUUAUCAGUCUCACAGAAUGUUCCCAUUGCAGGUGCUGUGAUUGUCUCCACACCCCAAGACAUUGCAUUGAUUGAUGCACGCAAAGGUGCUGAGAUGUUUCGGAAAGUCCACGUGCCUGUUUUGGGCCUUGUCCAAAAUAUGAGUGUUUUCCAAUGUCCAAAAUGUCAACAUAAAACUCAUAUUUUUGGUGCUGAUGGUGCAAGGAAACUAGCGCAGACCCUUGAUCUUGAUAUUCUAGGAGAUAUUCCAUUACAUCUAAAUAUAAGAGAAGCUUCAGAUGCAGGUCAUCCCAUUGUUUUUUCACAGCCUGAAAGUGAGGAGGCCAAAGCAUAUCUGAACAUUGCCACAGAAGUGGUAAGAAGAUUGCCACCCCCCUAGAGUGAAUCCCCGAGUGUUCUGGAAAUAGCCUUGUGCUUGACAACAUCACCCUGGUAAUCAGCAGUGUCAUUGUGAAGCUUAUAAGAAUAAGAGCAAUCAUGAUUAUUUUCUUGUCUUUCUAAGGAAAUGAUGUCUUAGUUUCGAUUUGAUUUGCUAAACAGUGC